AAGAAUAAAAACAGACAGAGCGAGAGGGGGGAAAGAAAUUUGGGGGAGUUUGCAGAGAAAAACAGCGCAGUAGAAUCAAUAGAUUAACAAUGGAGAAUCAACAACAGCAACAGCAAUGGAUGAUGAGCGCACAGGCCAGCAUAACCGCCACUCCCACAGUCACCUACUCUUCCCUCCCGUAUCACCAGCCCACCACUCACGAAGAAGUCCGCACUCUCUGGAUCGGCGAUUUGCCCUACUGGGCCGACGAGUCUUAUCUCAACUCCUGGUUCUCUCCCGCCGCCCAAUUGCUCUCUAUCAAAGUAAUUCGCAACAAACUCACGGGUCAACCCGAAGGUUAUGGCUUCGUCGAGUUUCCGUCUCACGCUAUCGCGGAGCGGAUUCUGCAGACGUACAAUGCGGCUCAAAUCCCCGGGACUGAAUUGACUUUUAGGUUGAAUUGGGCGUCUUUUGGGAUUGGGGAUAAGAGGCCUGAAGCGGGGCCUGAGCAUUCGAUUUUUGUGGGGGAUUUGGCGCCUGAGGUUACGGAUUUGUUGUUGCAGGAGACGUUUGCGGCGCAGUAUCCGUCGGUUAGGGGUGCUAAGGUUGUUACUGAUCCGGCGACUGGCCGGUCUAAGGGAUAUGGGUUUGUUAAAUUUGCGGAUGAGAAUGAGAGGAAUCGGUCCAUGACGGAAAUGAAUGGGGUUUAUUGUUCUACGAGGCCUAUGCGGAUUAGUGCAGCUACGCCUAAGAAGACUCCGGGAUUUCAACAGCCGUAUGCAGGAGCAGUUAAAGCAGCCGUGUAUCCAGCUACAGUUUACCCUGCGGCGGUGCAGCAGGCAGUCCCAGCAGAUAAUGAUAUUAACAACACCACGAUUUUUAUUGGCAACUUGGACCCAAAUGUCACGGAAGAUGAAUUGAAGCAAAUAUUUCGGCAGCUUGGCGAAAUUAGCUAUGUCAGAAUACCUGCAACCAAAGGAUGUGGGUUUGUGCAGUUUGUGUCUAGAGCAUCUGCUGAAGAAGCAAUACAAAGGAUGCAGGGUACUGUGAUUGGCCAACAAGUAGUCCGAAUUUCUUGGGGCAGGAGCCCUUCAUCUAAACAGGAUCAACCUGGAGCAUGGGGUGUGCAGGGGGAUCCAAAUCAAUGGGGGGCUUAUUAUGGUUAUGGUCAAGGUUAUGAAUCCUAUGCUUAUGGAACAACUCAGGAUCAGUCAACUUAUGCAUAUGGUACAUAUCCGGGUUAUUCGCAGUACCCUCAGCAGGCAGAAGUGAAUCAAGAUAUUGCUGUUGUUGUCCCGCCCGUUGAACAAAGAGAGGAACUAGAUGACCCUUUGGCCACUCCUGAUGUUGACAAGUUAAAUGCGGCUUACCUUGCUGUUCAUGGAAGAGCGAUUUUAGGUCACCCCUUAUGGCAGAGAACAUCUACUUUUUCAAAACAAGCUCAGACAUCAAACUGAACUCGUAAUCAAUUGAGAAAAAAGAAACUGGUACCGUGGAUCUGCAGUUUUUUGAACUGAAGGAGGGACAACUGACAUCACGUGCGAAUUUAGCUUCUCUUGUGUUAGAUAUAUCAUUUUUAGAUUAAUUUAGAGUCUGGCCUAUUCACAUUGAGCUUUUCUUAGAACUUGUGAAUCCAAAAUUCAGAUUUAUGUGCUCAGGUUUGUAUCUUCUUUCUUGGACAA